AGUGGCAGCAAUCCAAUUCUCGACUGUAUUUUUUUUAAUGGUGGGGGGAGAGCAGGUUGGCAGAGGGGAGAAAGAAUCUGUUUGGUUCAUCUGCAAUCCCUGUUUCACUCUGGGAGCUUUAGAGGACAGACACAUUCCUCCAUCUCUGCUAAUCCUCCUCUGAUACAGAGGAUUUUCCUGCCAUUAAAUGAUAGCUUGUGAGAAAAAAAAUGCCAACUUUUCAGAGACUGACUCGUAUGGCUAAGGGCAGCCUCAUGAGCAGGAGGGAGGACACAGCCACUGCCUGGCCAGAUGAGAGGAAUCUGCCUUUGGCAUGGCCUGUGGGAAGGAUGCAGAUGAACUCCUGAAAAGCAGUGGCACAAAGCUGCAGGAUUCCCUGAGAAGGUCAGUGGAAAAGGAAAGAUACUCACCAGGAAGGUGCUGGGGACUUCUUCAGUUUGAAAGUGUGUGAGAGAAGAGCCUUUUCCUUCAUCUUCCUUUCUAAACAUAGAUAUUUUUGUGGAAAAAUAAUGCAGGAAAAUGACAGAGGAUGAAACCCAUCUCUAUUCUUCCUGUGUGCUUUUAGAUCCCUUAAGUUUGCUUGCCAGACCUGAAAUGCCACUAGAGAAUAAUCAAGGUAAUGUUGGCCAUCGUUCUAAAUGUGAUCCUUUGGGUGCCUCAGGUCCGUGGGGUGUGGGCCUGCGUGCGCUCCUGCCCUCCCAGCUGCGUGUGCACCCCGGAGAGGAGCUGCUCCGUGCUCUGCGACCGCGCCGGGCUGGGGCACAUCCCCAGCGAGUUCCCCUGCGAAGCCUCUUCCAUCAACCUGGAUAAAAACAGCAUCAAGUUCCUGUCUGAGAGGGCCUUCGGGACGCUGCCGUCCCUCAAGUCCCUGUCGCUCAACCACAACAACAUCUCCUUCAUCACGCCGGGGGCGUUCAAGGGGCUGCCCAGCCUGACGGAGCUGAAGAUGGCCCACAACGAGUACAUUCGCUAUCUGCACACGCGGACCUUCACCGCGCUCCGGCGCCUGGUGAGGCUGGACCUGGCCGACUGCAACCUCUUCAACAUCCCAGACAGGAUCUUCAUCGAGCUGCCUGCUCUGCAGGAGCUCUUCUGUUUCCAGAACAACUUCCGAAGGAUCCCGGGCGCCAUCAGGGGCAUGGAGAACUUGACCCAUGUGUACCUGGAGAGAAACAGGAUCGAAGCGGUGGCCUAUAACUCCCUGCAGGGCCUGACCAAGCUGAAAUACCUGAAUCUGCAGGACAACAAGAUAAAUGUCAUCCACGAGCGAGCUUUUCAGGGCUGCCAGAGGAUGGAGUACCUCUACCUGAAUGACAACUUGAUCAGCGAGCUUCCAGAAAACUCCUUUGAUGGCCUGAGGCGCCUGAAGAUGCUCAACCUGGGGGGGAAUUUUCUCAGGAACAUUUCCAACACCUGGUUCCGGGAUUUGGGGGAGUUGGAGUUCCUCUACCUGGACCGCAACAGGAUCAGCUACAUCGAGGAGGGGGCUUUUGAGAACCUCACCAGCCUGGUGGCUCUGCACUUGAACAGCAACAACCUGACGACGCUGCCCUUCUCCGUGUUCGAGCCCGUGUACUUCCUGGGCCGCCUGUACCUCUUCCGCAACCCCUGGGAGUGCGACUGCCGCAUCGAGUGGCUCAAGGAGUGGAUGGAGAACUACAGGCUGGUCAGGGAUAUUCCGUGUGCCUCCCCCUCCUCGGUGGCGGGGAUUGAUCUGAUGGACGUGCUCUUCGAGAGGUCUCCCGAGGGUUACUGUCUCGACCCGGAGGAGCUGAACAUCACGGCCGAGCGGCCGACCCCAAGCGAGGAGCCUUGGUCCACCACAGAGAGCAAGUUCAACAGCCUUAUCUCCAAACUCCUGCUCCAGAUGGGCCUUCCUGAAGAGGUGGCAAAUGCCACUGAAGUGUACAGCAACAGCACACAAGCAGAUGGACAGACUGAAGGGGUUUCUUCUGGCAUGGGGGGAGACAGGACCGAGGCUGACUCCUCUUCCUUGUACCUCCCAGCACUUCUGACAGUGAUUGUUCUGCUGUGCAAAUAGUCCAAGGGCUGGAUGGAGCAGGGGUUCUGCUUAAGGGCUUAGACCCUGCAUCUACUUAGUCAUCAGAGAAAAGCUUUAUUGUGGGCCUCUGAUACUUAACAAGCUCCAAACUCUUCCAGGUUGGGUUUGUUGGAUCUGGCUCCAGAUUCCCCUGGGAGCUGGUGAGAUCUGGGUCUCGCUCUGGGUGACAAACCUGCCCUGUGGGUGUCCCAGAGCCUCCUGGAUACUGACAGGGACAUGUGCAGCACUAAGAUUGAGUUUUGCCUAGAGAUGUGUGAUGCUGUGCUGGGAAAGGAGGGAAGAGGGGUCUGUCUGUGGGGUGUUUGUUCCAUCGGGCCAGCUUGCUAGAGCAAGAUGUUCCAUGGUGACUCAGUUUCAUGAGAGCAAGAUGGGGCUGCAAAACUGGGCUCCUCUUUGUGUCCUGACAGACACCCACACCCACCCAUGGCAGAUGCUGCUGAACAAUGGGAAACUGUUCCUCAUUUCCUCAGUGGGUGCAGGAGGGAGCAGGGCAGUUCUGGGCAACAUCCAGGGAUGCAGCAGAAAACAUGUAUAGGCCUCAAUGAAAACAUCCAGGAAACGUGCAUAGACCUCAAUGAAAACAUCCAGGAAACAUGUAUAGGCCUCAAUGUAAACAUCCAGGAACAUGUAUGGACCUCAAUGAAAACAUCCAGAAACACGUAUAGAACUCAAUGAAAACAUCCAGAAACAAGUAUAGACCUCAAUGAAAACAUCCAGAAACAUGUAUAGGCUUCAUGGAAAUGAGGAAAGUGCGUGGGGGGACACCUGCCCCAGGCAGGUCUGGGAUGGGCACAGUAUUUUGGCCGUGACCACAGGCAGGACUUUGAUCCUCUCUCCCCCCACCAUUAUCCUGGUACUGUGAGGAGAACCAGAUGGACCCGUGUUUGUCAAACAUUCUUCUCAGAGGCAAAGCUACUUCAACUUAACUACUUAUCCCUUAAUUUCAGUGUGUUUUUCAGUGAAUAUAUUGUUUCAAGGAAUACAUUUUUUUAUUUGUAGAUUGUUUCAUGGCAUGGCAGCAGGGGCAGAACAUGGUGAUGACAAAUACAACCAGGCCCCAUGAACUAUUUUGUAUUUCUACCACUAAUAUGUACCAUGUAGUGUGUCAUAUUAUGCCACAUUGAUAAUUUUCUUUUAUACAGCAUCUUAAGUGUUCUAUCUUUGAACUCAUCAAUAAAGGCUGCUAAUAUGACCAGAAAAAAUGAUGUUUUAUGUAUCAAAGCACAUUAAUAAAAUAAUUUGAUACUUUAUUCACAAAAAUAAAUUAACUACUCAAACCUA